CGACCAAACAUGGAGGACAUUUUAUUGAAGUCGAAGAACGGGACUCAUAUAUCCACCCUUUUUCCGGAGAUUCUGGCUAUGAUUUUCCAGUAUUUGGAUAUAAAGGACAAAGGCCGAGUAUCCCAGGUAUGUUUAAGCUGGAGAGAUGCGUGUUAUAACCGUAUGGUUUGGAGAAAUGUUGAAGCCAAACUCCACCUAAGACGUGCCAAUCCUUCUUUGUUUCCAAGUUUAUGUAGGCGUGGGAUAAAAAGAGUUCAAAUAUUAAGUUUAAGAAGAAGUUUAAGGGAUGUUGUGUUUGGGAUCCCUAAUUUGGAAAGCCUUAAUUUAAGUGGAUGUUUCAAUGUUACGGAUGCUAGCUUAGGACAUGCAUUUUCACAAGAUAUAUCCUCCAUGACCGUGUUGAAUUUAAGCUUGUGUAAACAAGUAACCGAUAACAGUUUGGUCCGAAUAGCUCAGUAUUUAAAGAAUUUGGAGGUGCUAGAAUUAGGAGGGUGCUGCCACAUCACAAAUGUAGGCUUAUCGUUAAUAGCCUGCAGCUUAAGAAACCUAAAGCAAUUAAAUCUACGAAGUUGUCGACAUGUUUCUGAUCAAGGUAUUGGACAUUUAGCUGGGUUAUCUCCCCCUGCUUCAGCAUCUUCCAGAACUGAAAAGACUGGUAAUGCUAGACUUGAAUAUCUUGGUCUUCAAGACUGUCAAAAAUUGACAGAUCAUGCUUUAAGACAUGUCAGUGUGGGUUUGUGUCAUCUUAAAACUAUUAAUCUCAGUUUUUGUGGUAGUGUGACAGAUAGUGGUAUCAAAUUCCUCUCCAAAAUGACAAACUUACGAGAAUUAAACUUAAGAAGUUGUGAUAAUAUUAGUGACACUGGUUUAGGAUUUUUAGCUGAAGGGGGUGGGUCAACCAUUGAAGCUCUGGAUGUGAGUUUUUGUGAUAAAGUGGGUGACCAAGGUCUUGCAUUUCUCUCUCAAGGAAUGUACAGCUUACGAAGACUGAGUUUAAGUGCAUGUAAUAUAAGUGACGAUGGUAUACAAAAACUUGCCAACAGUUUACACGAGUUGACAACUCUCAACAUUGGACAAUGUGGUCGAAUAACAGACGUGAGCUUAAGUGCAAUUGGUGAAAAACUGAAGCAGUUGAAAUCUAUUGACUUGUAUGGGUGUACACGAAUAACUACUGUUGGUUUAGAAAAAAUCAUGAAGCUUCCAGGCUUAACUACUUUAAAUUUAGGUCUCUGGCAUAAAAGAUGAAGACUUUGAGCUAUUUUUAGCAAAUUUGGAUUACCAGCUGAUAUUACAUGGUGCAUUUCUGUGGCUAUCUCAUAGCUUAGGCAUUUAAAUUUGGCAUCUUGUAUAACAAUAUAAAUGAUCAUUGUUUGGUUUGCUAUUUUGACUUAAAAUGAAAGGGAAUGCAAGUUGAUACACAAAGUUGCUUUCUUUAUCACAUGGAUGAGAACGUCCAUCAAGAAUAACCUCAGAACAAGAAUUCUCUGCUCAAGUGUUCACAUCAAUUACUAUUUGGGCAUUGGACUGGAUUGACCAAAACAGUCUCUUUUGCAUUUCAAAAUUAUGUGUUCAUAUUUGUUAUGGAAAAUCAGUCUGCUAAAUUUAAGCUCUAUUUCUCAAUCAAGAAUAAUUCACUUGCAUUUUGUAUUUAAAUUUUGUAUUGUUUUAAGAUGAACUGUUGGUUCUUAAGAUUUACCUAUAUUGUGGAUCUGCACCAAGACCAUUUCACUAAACUUAGGUCUCUACAGGAUACUUUAGUGUGUUUUUGGCAUUCAGAUCAAUUUAAACUUUUAAAAAAAUUAAUUUAGCUUGUUGACUAAAAUGCCACUUUUUAAGCCAUCCAAAGUCAUUUUAUGGUUUUUUUUAGUUGAGUGUAGUUGAUCCUAAUUGUGGUUUUUUUGUGAUAACUGCUGUGUAACAUAGUGUCUUAUUGAGUAUCAUAUUAUGUGCUGGCCAUCACAUCAUUCUUUCAUCAAGCAAUAUCAAUUUCAGUGAAGUUAAUUAAGCAUUUUUUUCAAGAUCACAUGGAGUAAUACUUCUUGACAAUACAAUUACUAAAAUGAAAUAUGGCAUUGGCCUUUAGAUAAUUGCAUUACUAGAGAUAACACCUUUAUGGGAAGCAAUAUUUUGUUUGAAAAUUGAUUAAGCACUUUUCAAGAUCACAUUGAGUAAUAGUUCUUGACAAUACAAUUACUAAAAUGAAAUAUGGCAUUGUUUAAUUGACAUUUAGAUGUUUGUAUUACUAGAGCAUAACACCUGUAUGGAAACCAAUAUUUUGUUGGAAUUAGAUAAGCAGUUUUCAAAGAUCACAUUGAGACCUAUCCAUUACACGAAAAUUACUAAAAUAAAAUAUGGCAUUUAGAUGUUAACAUUACUAAUCAAUUUUUGGUCAACUGUAUUUGUAAGAACCUCUAUGAAACUAGUAAUGUGGCAUUGUUUACUUGGUAUGGUAAUAAUAUAACACAAUUUUCAGAUAGCUGUUUAGAGAAAUACUAUUUUGAUUGUACUGGGUCUAGACCAACUGUAGAGAGUAAUUGUUAUCCAAAAUGCUUUGAUUUGAUCAUCAAAUAUAAAUAUAUCAUAAAAUCUGUAUAUGACCUAUUAUCCAAUAGGUAACCAAGAUGUUGCUUUAUAAAUGUUAUUGUAAAGAGAGAUUUUAUAUUAUAAGACAUAUUUUUCUAUUGCUAUAUGC